AUGGCCACUGUUAACAUGGAUGCACCUGCAGCCAAGGCCUUCUCUUUCGACCAAGUCGUGACUGUUGACAGCAUAAAGGUCGUGGCUAACCUGUUCAGCUGUAUGGAGUCAAGAGUGAAAGGCGAGUUAUUCAUCUCUGUGUCAUCCCUUCAGUUUUAUCCAGACGGCAGUGCAGUGGAUCUCUUGAGCCUCAACAGACAGACUCUACAACCUGUAACACAUCCAGCGCUUGGAAGUCUCAUAGGAGGAUUAUGUGAGGUGUGUGUGCGUUCAGCUGAAGAAGCUUAUAAUCUGUACGAAACAUGCAGGGAAACACUGAAGGCGAACGCAGGCUCCAUUUCCAGCCGAUGUAGCUCCCUGUUCAUGGUGACUGUUGAGUGGAAACUCCAUCCAGAGGAGGUGGAGUCAGAUGUCUGCCGCAGCAGAUUUCAGCUGUUCAGCCUGGCAGGAGGAGCCAGUAGGACUGACCUCAGAGGAGUGAACCCACUGCUGAAGGUCCUGGACCAAAUCCCAAAUCCUGCUGCUAAUAUCAGUGUGAGCCUCCUGCCUCAUUUGCUUAAUGAUGCCUUAAAAGGAAAUAGCAGGACUGUCCUCAUUUACUGCAUUAACCCUCAAGGUCUUCUAGAUAACGAGACACCUUCUGCUUUAAAUCUGGCCCAGAAAGUGAGAGGUUUUGCAACUAAGCCCACCACUGGUUGCUGGAGUCCAAGGGCAACUGAGCAAAAGAUUCGUGACAGCAUCACUGAUCUAAGAAGCGUGAUAAUGUCACAGGGGGACAGUGAAGUUCACAGCAUCUACGAGCUGGCCGAGCUCACGCGAAACCUGCAGAUGGUGAAAAAUCAAUCAUGGGAGAAGAGACGGGAAGAAUCAGAAAAGAUAAAAGUCAAAAUAAAGACUUGCAAGACCUCAAAUAGCAAUCUGCUGUUUUCUGGAGAUCAUCACCCCAACAGCAGGCAGGGUACAGAUACAAUGAAAUGUCUACAGGACCAGCUGAGGCAGGAAAUGGAAGCACAUAUUACAGAAGGUAAAGAGAAUGCAGAAAAGGUCCAGGAGAGAGUAGCGAGAAUCCAGCAGCUGAAGGAGGCUCUCAUGGAGGAGACACUCAAGAGUGCAGCUGCUACUGGGAAUUCCCCUGCCUGUCAACAAGUAAAGCACAUCAUCUGGCAUUACAAACUCUAA